AUGCCUGCCUACGCUGUCUUAGGCGCUCAAUGGGGAGACGAAGGAAAAGGUAAGAUAAUCGAUGUGUUGGCGCGGGACGCCGACAUUGUUGCGCGGUUUUCCGGCGGAAAUAACGCCGGACAUACCGUGGUCAACGAGGAUGGUAAGUUUAGCUUCCAUCUGGUCCCGUGUGGCGUAUUCUGGCCAAAGACAAUCAAUGUCAUCGGCAACGGAGUAGUCGUUGAUCCGGAUGUGCUGCUCGACGAGAUAGACAGUCUCCGUGAGCGGGGUAUCGACAUUGACGGCAGGCUUGUCGUCAGUGACCGCGCACACAUCAUCAUGCCUUACCAUGUUGCUCUUGACAUGCUUGCCGAGCAGGCGCGGGGAAACAACGCCAUCGGCACAACGGGCAAGGGCAUAGGGCCUACAUACGCCGACAAGGCAGCGCGCACCGGCAUUCGAGCGGCAGACCUGCUUGAUGUUGAGGCGCUGCUUCCGCGACUUGAGCGCAUUCUUGAGCACACAAAUGCCGUCAUCACGAAGGUUUAUGGCGGCUCUCCUGUGUCCAAAGAAGAGGUCUUCGACAAGUGCCGCAAUUGGGCGGAGCGGAUGGCUCCGAUAAUCGCCCCGGUCGAAAAGAUUAUUCACACCGCGCUCAAAGCCAACAAGAACGUUCUUCUCGAGGGCGCUCAGGGGGCGUUGCUCGACCUUGACCAUGGCACAUAUCCGUUUGUUACAUCAUCGAACCCAACUGUGGGCGGCGCUUGUAUCGGGCUCGGCAUGUCACCUAUACAUAUCGCCGGCAUUACGGGAGUGUUCAAGGCGUACUCGACGCGAGUCGGUGGCGGUCCCUUGCCCACGGAGUUGCUCGACGAUACAGGCGAAUACAUCCGCGACCUUGCUCAGGAGUUCGGCGUAACGACCGGCAGGCCUCGCCGUGUGGGCUGGUUCGACGGCGUGGCGGCGCGUUACAGCGUGGAGGUGAACGGCUACACUUCUGCCAUACUCACUCGCCUUGAUGUGCUUGACAGCUUCGAUUCUGUGAAGAUAUGCACGCAUUAUGAACUGGACGGCAAUGUUGUGGACGAGUUCCCCGGCGGAUUGGCCGCGCUGGAACGCUGCAAGCCCAUCUACGAGGAGAUGCCCGGCUGGGACAGCCCCACCGCGAGCAUCACCAACUUCGAGCAGCUCCCAACGGAAGCGCACAACUAUGUGGAGCGCCUGCAAGAGGUCAUCGGCUGCAACAUAGACCUGAUUUCCACGGGCCCCCAUCGGCAUGAGACGAUUGUGGUGCGACCGGUGAUCAAUGUGGCUUCGGCGUAG